GAUUGAUGACGGUUGCUAUGUCUAUUGUAAAAAUGUAAACAAACAAAUAGAAGUUAAAAAUUUCAGCUUUCGGAACCGAAUGUUUUUAUAUUUAAACCUUUAUUCAUUGUGCAAAAUUCAGCUGACACUGCAAUCAGUUCGAAAUGGGCGGCAUGAGCCGUUGGUUGGACGUAGAGGCUGGAAACGACGACAUAGACAUCAACACUUUGCCGUCGAACAUAGCACUCGUGGAUUUACAAAACGACAAUGAAUUUAAACUCGUUAUUGGUGAUUUAGGACGUGGUGAUGAAGGACCUAGAUUGAAGAUAUUCAAAGGUGCAAUGCAAAUAUCAGACUUAGAGCUACCUGAUCUGCCGUUAGGUGUGGUGAGUCUGUACACCAGUGAGACUUUACCGAGGAGUACACCACUGAUAGCUGUGGGCUUCAGCAUGGGUGUCUACGUGUAUAGGAACUUCAAGUUGUUCUAUAAAUACUAUCUGCCCACUGUUGAACUAAACACCAGUGAGAUGGAAGUGUGGAGACAGUUAACAAACCCAGAGAACCACAAAGAAGAAACCAUAAUAGCACUGUCAGAAACUCUACACAACAUGCCACAGAAGGUGUUAAGCAUACAGUCCCGUGACUUCCUCUCUCUGACUCUAGAACAGCAGUUGGAGUUUCUGGAGAAUGCCACAGAUCUACCGAAGAAAAGGCACAGAGAGGUGGCAUGUAUAACUACUAUGAGGAUGAACUCUGUCGAUAGGUACUCUGUGAGCUGUUUGAUUGUGGGUACUGAAGAUGGGGAAAUAAUUGUUUUGGAUCCACAGACUUUUACACAGAUAUACUUGGUUAAACUGUGUACAGUUAAGAAGACUCCAUUCCAAAUGGUAGCAACUGGUCUUUAUAAUGUAGACUACAGGAUUACUGUAGCCACAAGAGAGAAAUGUGUUUGUCUAUUGAAGAGGGAUUGGAAAGAAGGGCGUCUGCUAUUUAAUACAGACGAACAUAUUGUUGCUAUAGAGGUGUUGACAACAGAUAAUAGUGUGAUGGUCAUUUGCACAGAUAACACACUAGCUUGUUACAGUAGGAAGGGCAAGAAGCAGUGGCUGGUGAGCCUGGAGCAGCGCGCGGUGGCUCUGACGCUGCUGCCGGUGCUGCAGCUGGGCGCGACGCUGGUGGCGGUGGCGCUGGCUUCGGGACACGUGCAUCUGUACGACGGGAAGGCCACGCGGGACACCAUUUUCCUGAGAGACGUGGUUUCGGUGAUGAAGUUCGGCCAGCUCGGACAAGAGGAGCACGUUUUUAUCAUCAUCACUUCAAAUGGCAAUCUGAUGCUGAAAAUCUUGAAGAGGACGGCAGACUUCAACCCGCACGCCGCGGGCAUCGAACCCACUGCCUCCGCCGCAGCGCAGAAGCCGUGGCUCAUACCCAAGAAGUCCAAACUGUUCUUGGAACAGUCUGCGAGAGAGCGGGAGAAUGCUAUAGCGAUGCACGAGAGCUUUCAGCUAGAGCUGAACCGGCUGCGGCUGGUGGCGGCGCGGACGCUGCUGGAGGCGCACACCAAGUCGGACAACUUUGUGGGCGCCGGUGUUAUGGAGCCUAUACGAUUGUCUGCUGAGGUGGAAGGUCUGGGCCCGGUGUUUCGCGUGACGCUGGUAGUGGAGAACACGUCAGCGGAGAAGGCCGUUAUCGGCCUCGCCGUGCUGUUCCACGUGCACUCCACGCACUAUAAAGUCUACAACCCGUAUAUCAAGGUCCCACUCCUCGGUCCGGGGAAUCAAAUCAAAUUCCCCACAAAAAUAGAGGAGAUCUUCAGCGAUAAUAUCAACCCUGAUGUGUUUUUCCGCAACGUGACAGGCCAGGCUGGUGAGGGGUCGCUGAUCAAAGUGCUCCUGUUGAAGGAUGGGAGGUCUUACCCCGUACUGGCUGCGACUGUUACUAUGCCGCCCACCGACCCCUUGAUGAUACCCUAUGAUAAGAUAAAAACAUCGGAUUUUGGGACAGUUGAUUAAUAAAGAGUUUUAACACA